AUGCCUGUUAAACAUACCAACACCACUUCUCUUCACUCGUCCUGCACUCAGGAUUCCACCAGCUAUAUCCCUCGCCUUCAACUCCUUCUCCGCGAGAUUGGGUACCGCUAUGAAGCCCCAUUGCCCACAAACCCCGGUUUUCAUGAAUCCUUUCAUGAGUGGUUCAAAACCACGCUGGGUCCUGCCUUAUCUUGGGACAGUAAUAAACUGCAUAACCUCGAGAAAGCUUCCUCUAGUCUCGCUGAGAGAGCGUAUCCUUUCGCCGACACAGAGAUGAAUCUGUUGAUGGGAAAGCUGAUAGCGAUAGCCCUUUCUUUUGAUGAUUCCAUCAAGGACGACGAGAUGUACACCAGUAUGGCCGGGUUCACGCAGAGGGUGUACCUUGGAAUGGCUCAGCCGCCAGGCGUGCUUGCAAUAUAUCAUGGGGUUCUAAAAGAGCUGUCCAUCGUGUACGAAGAGGACACCCUACUGAUGGGGCUGGCAGUUGUACCCUGGAUUACUUAUGUCGAUGGCUGCCUGAUGGAAAAGAGGCUAUUGACGGUAGAUGCUGUGGUGCGGGCUAGUCCCUUGGACAUGGGAUACCAGCACUUGUUGGAGCAGCAACACCAUUUCCAGCGGUCACUUCCGUCCCCCAAAGGUGCUAGAAUCGGUCCUAAAUGUGAUGGCGAUAAGCAAGGCAUGCUACCAAUUCCAUUGAAAGGGGAUGCAGUGAACUUCCCACGUUACCUUCGCCUGAAGACGGGAAUCAGCGAGUCAUUCGUUGCAGCAAUAUUUAAGGCCAACAGGGGUCAGAAGCUACCGUUGACGAGAUAUCUUCAUGCCUUGCCUGACCUUGUGUUUCAAAUUGAGAUGAUGAACGACCUUCUCUCGUUUCAUAAGGAAGAAAUCGAUGGUGAACAAUACAACGUGAUCCAUCUCCGGACUCAGGCCCUUCGAUCUGCUUCGAAAAAGGGUAGCCAGGGCAGGGAAUGGACGCUGAUGGACACGUUCAAUUUGCUUUGCGAUGAAGUGAGAGAUGCGACGUUCAGGAUCGAUGCAAUGUUGCGGUUGGACGAGGUUGAAAGAAAACUUGAAAAAGGAGAGCGCCGAGGUCACGGCGAAGAAGACGUUGAUAUAUUUGACGAGACAAUAGCGAAGCAGUGGAGGUUAUUCAAGGAUGGGUAUAUUUCGUGGCAUCUCGAGUCGAGUCGAUACAAGUUGGAUUUCUUGAAGAAGGCUGAGUAUGCCUGA